GUGCCCUGCAGUCAGACCACACAGGAAAUUGUAGUUUCUCCUGAUUGUCCAAAGCCAAUUUAAAAUCUCUCAGCAGCUGGAUGGGGUGUUUUGUGUAUCCCUUUUUUUUUUCAAUUUUCCCCAUUCUUAUCUUACGCUAAUGGUUGGAGGGCCAGUUGGAUUAGUUAACCGAUCAGAAUUUAGCUUUUAGUGGAAACAAGUGAGUAUCUGUGGGACAGAGCAGGAGGGAGAGGAGGGAUUUUGUCUUCUGAUGUUGAUGCUGACCUGCUGCAGGACCGUGCUGUGAGGGUGCACAGAAGCCUCAGAAUGGUUCGGUUCUUGGAUGAUGCUGUUAGUAUUGAAAGUGGUACUAACACCGAACGCCCUGAUACGCCAACAAACACUCCUAAUGCACCAGGAAGAAAAAGCUGGGGGAAAGGAAAAUGGAAGUCGAAGAAGUGCAAAUAUUCCUUCAAAUGUGUAAAUAGCCUAAAGGAGGACCAUGGCCAGCCUCUGUUUGGAGUCCAGUUUAACUGGCACAGUAAAGAAGGUGAUCCUCUUGUUUUUGCCACUGUAGGCAGCAACAGAGUUACUUUAUAUGAAUGUCAUUCCCAAGGAGAAAUCCGUCUGUUGCAGUCUUAUGUGGAUGCUGAUGCAGAUGAAAAUUUCUAUACCUGUGCAUGGACAUAUGAUAGUAAUACAAGCCAUCCUCUUCUGGCUGUGGCAGGAUCCAGGGGUAUUAUUAGGAUAAUUAAUCCCAUUACAAUGCAGUGCAUAAAGCACUAUGUGGGCCAUGGAAAUGCAAUCAAUGAACUGAAAUUCCAUCCGAGAGAUCCAAAUCUUCUUUUAUCUGUAAGCAAAGAUCAUGCAUUGAGACUGUGGAACAUCCAGACAGACACGCUGGUUGCAAUAUUUGGAGGAGUAGAAGGGCACAGGGAUGAGGUGUUAAGUGCAGAUUAUGAUCUUCUUGGUGAAAAAAUCAUGUCCUGUGGGAUGGAUCACUCUUUAAAACUCUGGAGAAUUAAUUCCAAGAGAAUGAUUAAUGCUAUCAAAGAGUCUUAUGAGUACAACCCAAACAAAACCAACAGGCCUUUUGUUUCCCAGAAAAUUCACUUUCCUGACUUUUCUACAAGAGACAUACAUAGAAACUAUGUUGACUGUGUACGGUGGCUGGGAGACCUAAUUCUUUCCAAGUCUUGUGAAAAUGCCAUUGUUUGCUGGAAGCCUGGCAAGAUGGAAGAUGAUAUAGAUAAAAUCAAGCCCAGUGAAUCAAAUGUGACCAUUCUUGGGAGAUUUGAUUAUAGCCAGUGUGACAUAUGGUACAUGAGAUUUUCAAUGGAUUUCUGGCAAAAGAUGCUUGCUCUGGGCAAUCAGGUUGGCAAACUUUAUGUUUGGGAUCUAGAAAUAGAGGAUCCACAUAAAGCCAAGUGUACGACUCUUACUCACCCUAAAUGUGUUGCUGCCAUCCGACAGACCAGUUUUAGCAGGGAUAGCAGUAUCCUUAUAGCUGUGUGUGAUGAUGCCAGUAUCUGGCGCUGGGACAGAUUACGAUAAAGUACUUUUUCUUAAUUCAUAGAAGAAAAUAUAUUUUCAAAUUAUAAUAUAGGCUGUUAACAUGCUAGUAUAGUAGAUGCAUUUAGUGUAGACUUUCUCGAAGGUUCGGCAGGCUGGAGCUGGACUUAGUGAUGUUUACAUUCUGUGUAUUGUUCUGCUUGAAAUUGCUGCUUUUAAUAAAAAGAAGUAUUUUUGUAAAGUU